AUGCGUCAGUCACUUUUUUAUCACUUUUUAUAUCUCUGUGGAGCAGUCGAAGGCAUAGAUUUAUCAUCUAAACGAGGUCUCGCAUUCCAUGGAGAUGACCACGAAUCAGACAACAACCUUUUAACCUCAAACAACUCGGAAAUCGCAUGGUAUUAUACCUGGUCACUAUGGCCAUCACAACAAAUCGGAAGCUCUCUACCAUUCAUUCCUUUAAUCCACGGCCUCGAUGAUGCAUCAGAUUCAGAACUACAGAAGCGUUUAAACAGUCUUCCAGAAUCUUCAACUCACCUUCUCGCCUUUAACGAACCAGAUGGUGAGACCGACACUGGAGGAAGUUCCAUUUCACCCAAAGACGCAGCAAAGUCUUAUAUGGAAAACAUUGUUCCAUUGAGAGAUGCAGAGCGUGAAUGGUCGAUAAGCCAUCCCAGCGUUACCGGCUCACCACGAGGUUUAGAGUGGCUGCGCGAUUUUAACGAAUCAUGCUACGACAUUGACGACAAGGGUUGUCCUACGGAUUUCAUCGCUGUCCAUUGGUACGGCGACGCUGUGGGCCUGGACAACUGGCUCAACAGUCUUCGCGAAUUCUACAACGAGACUGCACCCGACGCUCCAUUCUGGAUCACCGAAAUGGCUCUCCCGCAAGAGGAUGAAGAAGCAACUUUUGCCAUGAUGAACGAGACUCUGCCCAAUUUGGACAGCAGAGAUGAUGUUCAGGCGUAUGCGUGGUUUGGAGCGUUUAGAACAAACGAUGCCAACGAAUGGACCGGAAAGAGUGUAUCACUGUUCAACAGCAAUGGAGGUCUAACAAAGCUUGGUGCUGAGUAUUUGGGCGGUGAAGAGAAGGGUUUUGAAGAAGGCAUGUCAGAAGGUGUUUUGAGAAUGCCUUCGAGGAGUCUUUUGGGAGUCGCGAUGUUUGCAGCAGCUGUUUACUUGUGGUGA